AUGUCUGCAGCCGCACGUGCAGCGCCAUCCGCCGCUGCCGCCCCCGCGCCGACCGCCGCCAACCUCAAAGCAUCCAGCACCGAUGCUCAGUCUGACCUUGACCGCGCUGCUCUGGAAGCCCUCGAGCUCGACUCGGACGUCAUCACCUCGGUGCGCCUCGAUGGUCUCGCCCUCACAAAGAUUGUCAAGCACUGCCGCGAUGCGCACCCUGCCUCCGCCUCCGGUGCCCUCCUCGGCAUGGACCUCGGCGGAACACUAGAAGUCUCCAACGUCUUUGCUCUCCCCAACCCUGGCCGUAGCAACAGCGAACGCGACGAAGAGGAGGACCGAAGCAGCCGCAACGCAACCAGAUACACAUCCGAUAUGGUUCGAUUGCUGCGUGAUGUCAACGCCGAUGCCAACCCCGUCGGUCUCUACCAGGGAUGCUUCCUGGGUGCUUUCCUCAACUCGUCCGUCGUUGAUGGUCUUGCUGCUAUUGCUGGUCUGAUGGAGCGUGACGGUGCUAGCGGUCGUGGCAAGGGCGUUCUGAUCGUGCACGACCUGGCUCAGUCUGCCCAGGGCAACACCUCGGUCAAGGCAUACCGACUGUCGCCUUCCUUUGUCGAAGCCCACAAGAAGGGCAAGUUCCACACACAGAGCCUCAUCGACCACAAGCUCACAUUCGCCAACAUCCUCAUCGAGAUCCCCGUUUCGCUCCGAAACACGGCCCUUCUCGAUGCUUUCCUCAGCAGCAUCUCGACACCUAGCGCACCCGGUCCCUCGAUCGUGCAGCCCAGCACAUCGGAUCUGCUCCGCAACCCGCCCACUGCCGCUCUCACACCAUCGUAUACCUCUUUGAACCUUGCAUUGGAACCUGUGCUGGCGUCGUCGCUCGAGUCGACACUGGAGGUUAUGGACGAGCACGCUGCCGAGGCCGGAAACGUUGGAUUCCAAGCCCGUCAGCUUGCACGAGAGAAGGCCAAGGCGGAAGCCUACCUUGUCCGCAAGAAGGCCGAGAACGCAGCACGCGAGGCACAGGGCCUCGCUCCUCUCCCCAUCGAGGACGUUAACCGUCUGUUCAAGAUUCCCGCCGAGCCAUCGCGUCUCGAGGCGACCUUGCUGCUCGGUCAGAUCGACAGCUCAGCGAGACGUCUCGCCGAGACGGCUGCGCUUGGUGUGAUCCAGCUCAACGCCGCCAAGACUGGCGCUGUGUAA